AUGCUCCGCAAAACGCCCACAGGGACCUGGUUACCCGCUUGGGUUCCAGAGUCCACGGCUACGAUAUCCGUCCUCCUGAUGUGCUGUUCCGUAAUUCAAUCGGCCACGGGCGGCUUUGAUGGCAGUUUGCUCAAUGGACUCAACAUCCUGCCGUCGUAUACCGACUACUUCCGCCUUACGCCAGCUACGAAAGGCCUCAACACUGCGUCUGUUUUUAUCGGGGGCUUCUUUGGCCCAAUGAUUGCGGGCCUGAUGUGCGACAGGCUCGGUCGGCGGCCGACACUGCUCUGGGGCUCUGUCAUCAUUCUCGUUGGCAUCAUCCUCCAGUCCGCGGCCCAGAAUGUGGCCAUGUUCGUAGUGGCGAGAGUCAUUCUUGGGUUCGGAAAUGGUGUUUCCGGCGUUGCAGCACCGGUGUACCUGAGCGAGACAAGCCCAGACAGAUGGCGAGCGUGGACUGUUGGGUUAGUAAAUAACUUUUACUACGUCGGGGCCCUCAUUGCGGCAGGGGUGACGUUGGGGACAGGCAAAUGGGACUCGACCUGGGCCUGGAGAGCUCCGUCCUUCAUGCAAGCGUUAUUUUCCAUCAUAUGCAUCGCCAUACUGCCAUUGGUCCCAGAAUCCCCGAGGUGGCUUGUGCGGCAGGACCGUUUUGAAGAUGCACGACUGGUCGUUGCGCAAACGAAUGCCAACAGCGAUCUGACGGACCCGGUCGUCAUGGCCGUGUACAAGGAGAUCGUCGACUCUCUCGAGUGGGAAAAAAAGGAAGGUCGCACACUCAGCAUGAAGGAACUCUUCAAGUCGCCGACGGCGAGAAAGCGAGUGUUAAUUGGAGGAUCUGCUGGCCCGUUCUCAUGCAUUGCUGGAAACAUCAUCGCGUCCUACUACCUUGGCCAAGAGCUUGACACAGCCGGAAUCACAGAUUCGAAUGAUCAGCUAAAGGCUAAUGUUGUCCUGAAUGUGUGGUGCCUUUUCUGCUGCCUCGCGGGUACGCAGCUUGCCGCAUCUUGGGGCCGGAAACCCACCGCGCUGUUGUCGCAAGGUCUUCUCAUCGUAUGCCUGUUCAUUAUCGGCGCUCUUACCAAGGUUUAUGGCGAGGACCCGGACGGCACUUCUAAAGCCCUCAUUUACGGAGACGUCGCUGUCAUAUUCCUGUUCCAGGGCUUUUAUUCCAUUGCCUGGACGCCUCUACUCACCCUGUAUCCACCGGAGGUCAUGGACUAUCCCAUUCGAGCCAACGGCGUAGCAUUCGCCCAAUACACUCUGAACGGUCUUGCUUGCCUCCUAGUCUUCAUCAUGCCGAUUGCGCUGACGAACAUCGGGUGGAAAACGUACAUGAUCAAUGGCAGCUGGGAUAUUGUCACUUUUAUUUUGAUCGCUGUGUUCUGGGUCGAAACGAAAGGGAAGAGUUUGGAGGAGAUUGACGCGCUCUUUGACAAGACGAAGCGCUCGACGGUUCCAAACAUCGAGGACGUCCGGACCGGCAAGGUUAGUGUCGAUGUGGGCGAAAUUGAACGGGAGUUGCAGGAGGAGAUCGGCUUAAAGGCUGAGUGA